CUUGUCCCACCGACACAAGGAGAUAACAGCCACAUCAGAGCCGCUAACUCUGAAAGCAACCCGAAGACUGGCGGAACAGACUUUCCACAGUUCUUUGUAGAGAGGAGGACACGUUGAAAAGGAGCCCCUCCCUAAGGAACGUGAUGGAGGCUUUCUCAGAACAAAGGAAGGCAACCUGCCACGUGGCCCAAUCAACUCCUAUACACGUGCCCCCAGCAGAUGUCUGAGAUGAUUUAUGGGGUCAUGGCAAUCUGCUUCUCGCAGUCACACCCUCAAUGGCUCUGUGGCAGCCUUGAAGACCAACAUCCUGCAAUCAUGGAAUAAACCAGCCACCUGAGGGCCAAUGGAGGGGACAGAAUGGGGUUAGAACUCCUUCAAAGGUCUAUUCCCAGAUAAUGUCCUUUAUUUGAUCUAUCUAGUGGGUCCCGGCAAGACCCCACUCACAAGACUGUCUUCAUUUUGCUUGACUUGGAGCUCCCCCAGCCUUUGCCCUGGGGACAUUGGUUGAAGAUAGUCAGUCAAAGACAGCUGUUGAACAUCAUGGCUGCCUGAGGACCACUUGGAAUCUGUUGUUUGGGGUUGCCAUGGACACGGAGUUCUUAUUCCAGUACUAGCUUGUUACCAGCACCAGAGACCUUCCAGAAAGAAUCUCCUCAUCUCCAGGGAACCAGAGGUGGAGGGGAUGUGAGAUGGAAAAGUUGUAUUCAAGUCCCAAGAUCUGAGUCCUUCUGUGCUCCACCUCCCUUCUGCUGUGGCCCCUUGAAAGCAGCCCUACCUGUAGAUUAAUUGUAGAUUGUGGUUGUCCACAAGACAAUACCAUGCAGAGAUUAAAGAGGAACCCUUUAUAUCUCUGGUUCAUGCAUCAAAGAAAUAAUAACAGAAUUAUGGAUUCCACUGACAACAGUGAUGACCAUGGAGAUGAUCUAGAUGAAUUCAUAUCAGGAAUCUCUAAUGAAGCCACCAAUGAAAGACAUAACAAUACUCCAAUGUCCUCUUUGGUGUCCUCUGGCCACAAUAUCAACAAUAGCCCAAACCCUAAUGAAUUGACAUCAGAAACCUAUGAGGAAGACGACAAUGAAAUCCAUGCCCAGAAUGAAUUGACAUUAGAAAACUAUGAGGAAUCCACCAAUGAAAUCAUAACCCUGACUGGAUGGAAAUCAGACAGUUAUGAGGAAGUCACCAGUAAAAUCCAUGCCCAGAAUGAACUGACAUUAGAAAACUAUGAGGAAUCCACCAAUGAAAUCACGGCCCUGACUGAAUCGAAAUCAGAUGGCUAUGAGGAAUUCACCAGUGAAAUAACUGCCAUGAGUGAAUGGACAGCAGUAUCCUCCAAAGGACCCUCCAAUGCAAACAUUGCCUUGAGUGAACUGACAACAGUAACUUCUGGUGAAAUCAUCAACGAAAUCUAUGACUCAAGUGAGUUGAAAAGAGUAACCUGUGUUAAAGCGCCCAAGGAAAGUAUAAUGGAACGACUCUCCAGGUUCCAUGAUGAUGAUGAUGAAGACAUUGGCUUUCUCAAUUCAUAUGACAUGAUUAAGAGAAUUGUGUACUCACUUGUGUCAUCACUCACAUUCAGAAUAUUUGGAAUUUUGCUUAUCUUUGUGGAUAUGUCCCUCGUCAUUACAGACCUGCUUGUCACUAAAAACGCAAUAUAUAUUCCUGUGGAAAUUCAUUUAAUUUCUUUAGCUAUUUCUUUAUUUUUUGUCUUGGAUGUUCUUCUUCGAGUAUAUGUAGAAGGGAUACGACUGUAUUUUUCUGAUAUACUUAACUGCUUAGAUGCUGUCAUCAUUGUAGUGACUCUACUGGUUGAUAUAAUUUAUAUGUUUUAUGACCUUAAGGUUCUUAAAGAUAUCCCCAGAUUGGCAAUUUUAUUUCAAUCUCUACGACUUACUAUUCUGAUAAGAGUUUUCCAUCUGGCUCAUCAAAAGAAACAUCUUGAAAUGCUGACCAGAAGGCUGGUUUCAGAAAACAAACGGCGAUAUAAGAAGGAUGGAUUUGACUUAGACCUCACUUAUGUUACUGAGCGUAUUAUUGCCAUGUCAUUCCCAUCUUCUGGACAGCAGUCUUUCUAUAGGAAUCCCAUUAAGGAAGUUGUGCGGUUCCUGGAUACCAAACAUCAAGACCACUAUCAAGUCUAUAAUCUAUGCAGUGAAAGAGCCUAUGAUCCUAAGUACUUCCAUUACAGGGUCCGGCGAAUCAUGAUUGAUGAUCACAAUGUCCCCACACUAAGUGAGAUGUUGGCAUUCACCAAAGAAGUAGAUGAGUGGAUGGCUCAAGAUGAUGAAAACAUCAUAGCAAUUCACUGUAAGGGAGGCAAAGGAAGAACUGGAACGAUGGCUUGUGCCUGCCUUAUUGCCAGUGAAAUAUUUACAACUGCAGAGGACAGCCUUUAUUAUUUUGGAGAACGGCGAACAGAUAAAAGCACCAGCACGAAAUAUCAAGGAGUUGAGACUCCUUCUCAGAGUAGAUAUGUUGGAUAUUUUGCGGAUGUGAAAAAUAUCUACAACUUGAAUCUCCCUGCCAGAAAAACACUCAAGAUUAAAAAAAUCGUUAUUUAUUCAAUUCACGGUGUUGGAAAAGGCAAUGGAAAUGAUCUAAAAGUACAAAUAAUAUUGCACCGCAAAAUCGUCUUUUUAAGUUCUGCUUCCAAAAACUGUUGGAUACUUCACGAUAUUGAAACAGACAACGUAAUAAUUCAUUUAUCCAGCUGUCCACCUCUGUAUGAUGAUGUGAAAGUACGGUUUCUCUCUUCCUCAGUUCUUCCUAAAUACUAUGACAACUGCCCAUUUUUCUUCUGGUUCCAUACAUCUUUUAUACAAAAUAACAGGCUUUAUCUUUCAAGAAAUGAAUUGGAUAAUCCCCAUAAACCAAAAACAUGGAAAAUUUACCGUCCAGAGUUUGCAGUCGAGGUAUUUUUUGAUGAGGUCGUAGCUGGUACCUAAUUAAGCGUAGUUCCCUUUCUCGGACAGAAUCAUGUUCUUCACAAUCCCUGCCACAUAUUUGUAGCUUCUAAACCUCCUUCCUUGCUGGUAUACUUAUAUUUACAUUCAUGUACAUAUGUUUUUGCCAAACCUAUUAAAUACAUACAAAGUAAAAUCUCAAGGGUGCUUCUUACUUUCUGAAGGAGUUAGGUCAUGUUUGCGAGAACUAACGUUCUUAUGUACUAUGUUCCAAAGUAUCACUUUGAAGAACCUUUAAAUAACAAACCUUAAAAUAUUUAAGAAUUAUGAUUCCUCCCAAUAAUCUGAGUUUACUUAUCUAAAAUACAAGUAUUCCCUGCCUUGUUUUACAUUUUAAUUUCAGAUCAGAAAGGUCACUUCUGUUUUCUUCCUCUGCUUGAUUUAUAAACUACUUAACAAACAUCAGAUUGGCACAAAGACUUGUUUUCAACCCAGAAAACUGUGCACACAAGCAGACCCACCAGUGCAUGGGCUAAUUACACACGCAGACUUCGGGGAGGGCACGGGAAUCUCGGUAAACACAAGCAGCGGUUACUGAAUAUUCUAUUUAUUUUUGCACCUUUACGAGUGAAGUCAAAGGAAAUGUUUGCCUAGAGAAAUCUAGAUUCUUUUCAAGUCCACCUCCUUCUUCACCAACCCUGCUCACAGCCAAGUUCACUUAAGUUUAGGGAACUCUGUGAAGGAAGGUCAUCUUUGCAUUGUUAAGUAUCGGUUAGUCCUGUGUCCCCAGGGAAUCGUUUUCUCUUACUAUUUUAUUCCAAGUACCUUCCCCGUCAUUGUACCUUGACUGUCCUUAUUUAUGAACAUGGCAUGAAAGGUUCACUUUUUCCCUCCAGUCAGCCCACAAGGGGUCCCAGCUGCCAGUGCAGCAACCUACCUGAAGGCUCCUUUUGGAGGAAAAGUCUUUCAAGUUCUCAACGUGUUAGGACUACAUUACUUCCUGUAAUUUGUGAUAGGAAUGUGUUGCAGCAGAACAGCUGGUACUGUUUCCUUUAAAUUUUUUUAAUGUUUAAUUUUGAGAGAGAGAGCAAGACAGUGCAAGGGGGGAGGGGCAGAGAAAGGAGACACAGAAUCUGAAGCAGGCUCCAAGCUCUGAGAUGUCAGCACAGGGCUCAAACUCACAAAUGGCCAGGUUAUGACCUGAGCUGAAGUCAGAUGCUUAACCAGCUGAGCCACUCAGAUGCCCCUGUACUGUAUCCUUUAAAACCCAUGCAGCAGUGAGCUACAGCGGGCAGAUCAGGUGGCAGGCUUAGGUCAGUGGGAAAAUACCGAGCUGGCUCAGUGAGGAGCAGGAAGGUCUAGCCCUUCUCAAUACUGGCAAGAAGGAAGGAAGGAAACCCCCAUUAAGUCUCUUGUUUUUUGAAAUAUCAUAGCCAGGGUUUCUCUUCUUUAACCCUCUAAGGUGCAUCAAGAUUCCUGGCCCUUAUGAGGUGCCACACUAUCGUGCUUUUGCUCCUAUAAAGAGAUUUUAUGGGAAGUUUCCACCUUAGAACCCAAUGUAAAUACUUCCUUCGAACAACUCGAAAGACUUACAUCAUAAUACAUCAGAACGAUACCAGUUUUCUUAAAUAGAAUUUACUACCCAGAAGAGAAUUAUCCAAAACUGAAUAGCAAGUUUCACUAUUUUUUAGAAAUAGAACAGCAUCCUGCCCCAUCAGAAACAUCACAGGUACCACCUGGCAGAGGGAGAUUAAUGCUAGCGGGCCAAGUUUCACAACUGCAGUGUAAUAAAGAACACAUUUGUCAAUUUACUUACAGUGAAAUUAUUUUACAUCAGGAAUGAUGCUGACCAAAAAAAAAAAAAAAAAAAAAAAAAAAACGCUCAUUGCAAUGAAGCCACCACCUUGAAACCUUACUAUACUCUUAAGCAGUCCCGACAGUUGGUUCUUAGCAUGUAAAAUACUUAAAACAAUUCAUGUACUCAAAUUUUAGGUAAAUAAUUUAAUGAUAGAACACCAGAAUUGCUUUAAACACACAACUUCAACUUACUAUUUUUGGAGUACAGAUCUGAAAUGGUACAAAUUGUAUUCAAAUACUGAACCAUGAAUUAAGGAAAUAGAAUGGAAAAAAAAAUUCCCCUGAUUUAGGUUUCAUUCCUUACUCUUUUCCUUGCCUCAGACUGCUACUAUUGCAGAUGUUUAAUUGAAUCUUAAAAGGACAACAUAUGAGAAGGUCCCCUGCCAACAGGCCUAACUCAGAUGGGCUCACAGAUUCUCAAGUAGCUCACUUCCUGCUGGAAGCCAGCCCCAUUUUCUAUUUUGCUUCGGUCCAGGCCUGUUCAGAUGAAGCACCACUCAGUAGCUACUGACCGCUUAAGGUAUGGAGAGAAAAGGCAGAAAAAUGAUUUUCUUUCAAAGAAAAUGCAGGUGGCUGACCAGCCAUUGCUCCAGGGUCCAUCAGGCACAACACUGAG